AUGUCAAAGGUCGUGCGCAGUGUCAAGAACGUCACAAAGGGAUACUCCUCUGUGCAGGUCAAGGUCCGAAAUGCCACAAGUAACGACCCAUGGGGCCCGACGGGUACCGACAUGUCCGAGAUUGCGGCCAUGACUUUCGGGAGCCCAAACGAGUUUUACGAGAUCAUGGACAUGAUUGACAAACGUCUCAACGACAAAGGAAAGAACUGGCGCCAUGUGCUCAAGUCGUUGAAGGUCCUGGACUACUGUCUGCACGAGGGCUCGGAAUUGGUGGUUACGUGGGCCCGGAAGAACGUCUACAUUAUAAAGACUCUGCGCGAGUUCCAGUACGUCGAUGAAGAAAGUCGCGACGUGGGUCAGAAUGUUCGUGUGGCCGCAAAGGAACUCACCGCACUCAUUCUGGACGAGGAUCGACUACGCAGUGAGCGAUCGGAUCGCAAGCUUUGGAAGACUCGGGUUAGCGGACUUGACGAGGGACAGGGAGGCUUUGGAAAUGAGCCUCGCCGGGAGCGACGAAGACGCCAGGGUUCCGACGAAGAUGAUACCGAGUACCGACUAGCUAUCGAAGCCAGCAGAGCCGAAGCCGAAGAGGAGCGCCGACGCCGGGCCAAGGACGCGUCGAAUCAGGGAGAGGACGAAGACCUGGCAAAGGCCAUUAAGCUCAGCCGGGAAGAAGAGGAGCUGCGGAAGCGGGAGUUGGAGGAAAGCAAUGCGCACGCGCUCUUUGACGACACCCCGGCUCAGGUUCAACCCACCGGCUAUAAUCAGGGCUACCAGCAACAGGGUGCGGUGGACUGGUUCGGCAACCCGAUCAAUGCUCAGCAGCCCAUGACGACCGGUUACCUGAACAACCAAUAUGCGCAAACUACUGGAUUCCAGGCCCAGCCUACUGGCAUGAACCCUUACAACACUAAUGGCUACCAGCAAGCCUCUGCCUUCGAUCAGAACCCUUACGGACAGCAGGCUCUUCAACCUCAACACACUGCAUUCCCCGCCAACAACCCGUACGGAGCCAACCCAGAUCCAAUGGCGCAGCAGAUGCAACAACAGAUGAACUUCCAGCAGCAGCAACAGCAACAGCAACAGCAGCAAUCACAGGAGAACUACCUGUCCGCUGGAAGCAACAACCCAUGGUCCUCGAACCAACCUGAGGCACUCAAGCCUACUCCAACGGGCUCGAACAACCCGUUCGCUCCGCGUACUCAACAGUUUAACAGCCAACCACAGCCCGCGGGACCGCCAUCUCUCAACACCCUUGCGGAAGAUCGCGCCACGAAUCAGUUCAAUAACCCAAUCACCCAAUUCUCUCGGACCAACCAGCCUAGCCAGCCGAACCCGAUUAUCAACUUCCAAGCUCCUCAGCCACCCAAGAGUACUCCUCCGUCCUCAGAUCCUCACCACGCUCGCUUGAAUGCACUUCUUGCAACUGGCGAAGGCCAGGAUACUUUUGGUAACGUUGGAGAUCUCCGUAUCCCUGCGCAGCACACUGCCCCUGGUACGUUCGUCAACUCUGCUGGUCAAGGCUUGGACCGCCUGCAUGCUACGCAUACGGGCAACAACCCAUUCUUUGGUCAGCAGUACACCGGUAUGCCUCAACAGACCGGCUUUGUGCAGCAGCAGCAGCAACAACAGUCCAACGGAAACCCUUGGGCUGCCCAGCAGCAACAGCACGGUAACAGCAGCCUGAUUGACCUGUAA